GCGUAGUUAAGGGAGUGUGCGGCAGGUGGCGCUGACACUCAGUGUACUGAACACUGUUGAGGGACGACACACGCUCAACACACACUCGUGUUUAAACCUUAUAUUUGUCUCCUCUAGACCAACCAUGGUGGACUAGCGUCAACUGAGUUAAAGAAAAAUGUAAAAAUGUGUACAUAUGAUAUGCUGUAUAUAUUGAAGUAUCCAGUAAGGAAGUGUUUAGAGUGUAAGUUCACAGUCAAAGGGAAGUGUUUGUGUGUGUUAAUGCAGAAAGAUGGGUUGUUGGUGCACUCUAGAUGAAAAACACUUGAACAACAUGUUUGUGUUUAUAUUUAUGCUAUAAUUGGAGGAGUGAAUGAAGAAGUAUGCCAAGAGCGGACACUGUUCCACGCCACUUGAUGAUGGCGCUUAUAUACCCCGUGAGAAACAAAAUGUUAUUAAGAGACUAUCCAGACUCUUUGUCCUGAAGCUCUGAAGAUGGAUUACAGCCGUUAUAUAGUGCAGGUGUUUGUUGGGGCAUUGUCGCCUCAUUAUGAAGCACUUUCUAUUGAGGUCAGCAAACAGACCACCUCUCAAGAAAUCACCAUUUGUAUUGUAGAGAGGCUUGGGCUUCCCAAUCCCCAACACUAUGAAUUGGCUGAGGUCAUUGGUAAUGCUCAUGGACAAGAGUGUAAGGAGAGGAGGCUGGGGCCACUGGAGAAUCCGGUGGCUUUACAGGUGCUUUGGCCCCAGCCUAGUGUCACUGAAAAUGUCGACGAAAACGAACAACACGAAUACAGGUUUUGCCUGAGAGAGAAGAUCUCAUCAGAUUCUUUGUGGGCAGAACCAAGUCAGCUUGAUUCACAACUAAUCCGUGAUUAUUUUUACAAGUUCUUAUAUCAACCCAAAGACAAAGAAUACCCUGAUUUGUGUCAGUUACCUAAUUUAACUGAGCAGACACUCCUUGAAAAUUUACGUGCGAGAUUCCAAAGAGGUUACAUUUAUACGUAUGUUGGGUCCAUCCUUAUAUCUGUCAAUCCGUUCAAAUAUUAUCCAAUUUAUAAUCCGAAAUAUGUGAAGUUGUAUCAAAAUCAUCGAUUAGGAGAACUUCCUCCACAUAUAUUUGCAAUAGCUGAUGCAGCCUAUCACUUGAUGCUAAAGCAGAAGCGCAACCAGUGCAUUGUCAUCAGUGGGGAAAGUGGAAGCGGGAAAACCGAGUCCACGCUCUUCCUUCUGCACCAUCUUACCAUGCUGAGUCAGAAGGGCUCACAUGGUAGUGGAGUGGAGCAAACUAUCUUAAGUUCUGGACCUGUUCUAGAGGCCUUUGGAAAUGCCAAAACAGCCCACAACAAUAACUCAAGUAGGUUUGGUAAAUUCAUUCAAGUCACCUAUAAAGAAAAUGGUCUUGUUCAAGGGGCAUGUGUUCAGAAGUACCUGUUGGAGAAGUCCAGGAUCUGUUCUCAAGCUCACAAUGAGCGCAGUUAUCAUGUCUUCUAUUACCUUCUUGCUGGGGCAUCUUCACAAGUACGUCAAGCCCUUCACCUUCUAAAACCAGCUGACUACCGCUACCUCAAUCAGAGCAAAUGCUAUACCAUUGAAGGUUGUGAUGAGCAGUUUGAAUUUGUAAGACUGAAGCAGUCCAUGGAGAUGGUGGGGUUCACAGCUGAUAAACAACAUCGACUCUUUGCUAUACUCUCUGCUGUUCUUCUCUUGGGAAACAUAGAAUUCCAGCCCAAGAAGUCCACCUACCAUCACGAUGAAUCAGUGCUGGUACGAAACCCUGAGCAAGUUAGUGUUAUAUCUACAUUGCUUGGAGUAUCUGAGGACACGCUCACGAAUGCACUUACGUCCAAGAAGGCUCGUGUUCAGGGAGAGAUUCUAGUCAUGCACUAUCGCUUGCCUGAGGCUGUUGCAGCCCGUGAUGCUCUGGCUAAGUGCUUGUACGGGGCAUUGUUUGACUGGAUUGUCCUGCAGGUAAACUACUCUCUGAUCACCCUAAAAGAAUCAUCCAGUGAUAUGGGUGGUAACUCAAUUGGUGUGCUUGAUAUCUUUGGCUUUGAAGAUUUUGGUCACAGCAACAGAUUUGAACAGUUCUGUAUUAAUUAUGCCAAUGAGCACUUGCAGCACUACUUUAACCAACAUGUUUUUGAGUAUGAACAAGAAGAAUACCAGCGUGAAGGAAUUACCUGGACCAAUAUAGAGUUUCAAGAUAAUGUUGAUUGUUUAGCAUUGAUUGAAGGCAAACCAGCUGGCCUGCUGUGUGUGCUGGAUGAUCAGUGCAGGUUCAUGAUUUUAGAGAAAAAAACUUAGAUCUUAUGCGGCCUGAGUUGAUAUGUGUACUGAAGAACAGUCGUUAUAGUAUUGUAAGAGAAGUAGCUGGAGCUGAUCCUGUAGCUGUGUUUCGCUGGUCUAUUUUAAGGGCAUUUUUCCGGGCUGUUAGUGCAUUCCAUGGAGCAGCUCUUAAGUACACCAAGCGAAAAGGACUUGAAGACCAAAGGAAAACUCCAAAGCAGAAAAUUAAUAUAGAUAACUCCAGAAUUCUAGCAGCCAUCGAGAACACUCAGAUUCGUCUGCGGAAGACCCGCCAUAGUCGAUCUCGUUCUCGUUCACAUGGGCCUCGGCACCAGAAGAACCUCAAAACUGUUAAGGCACUGGCCCAGAAGACUCAGUGUCUUACUUCACAGGGUCGGCUUCCUGGUUGUCGGAAACCUCCACACACUGUGACGGGACAGUUCCAACUUUCUCUGCAAACACUCAUGGAAGCUCUCAACACUGCCAACCCCUUUUUCAUUAGAUGCAUUAAGAGUAAUGCAAACAAGGAGGCCAAUGUUUUUGGAGAUGAAAUGGUAAUGCGGCAGCUGAGAUACACAGGCAUGCUGGAAACAGUUCGAAUACGGCAGGCUGGCUUCAAUGUUAGACUUUCCUAUGAUGAAUUUAUUCAUCAUUAUAGAAUACUCCUUCCCAAGGGUCUGCUAAGUUCUCAAGCAGAUGUGCGGUCCUUCCUAAAAGGAAUGCAGUUGGUGGAGAGUGAGUACCAGAUGGGUAACACCAAGAUCUUUAUGCGAGAGUCACAGAAACAGAAAUUGGACUCUCAACUCCACCAGACUAUCUUGUCUCGUAUCAUUGUUAUCCAGCGGUGGUAUCGCACUAUCCACCAGCGGCGGCACUUCCUGGCAUUCAAAAAAGCUGUUGUGAGAAUUCAGUGUCAAGUACGGUGUUGGAUUGCACAACAGAUGCUUGCCAAGAUGCGAAUAAGACACAAUGCUGCAACUUUUAUCCAGAAAGUGUGGCGUGGACACCGUGUACGAAAGUGGUAUCAGAAUUUGCGGAGGGCUUUAAUAACGUUCCAGGCAUGUGUCCGCGGCCAGCAGUCACGUGAGAGGUUCCAGGUAAUGCUUGAAGAGUGGAGACGACAAAAGAGCAGAGAUGCUACAAAAAGACUGAAAGAAGAGGAAGAGAUGUCAGUUACUUCACUAACAACUCUUGGUUCCACUGCUUCUAUUAAUGUGGAGCUAAAUGAGCCUGCUCAACCCCCUCCACGAAGAAAAUCAAAUAUUCAAAAUGCACAGACUCAUAAACUUCAUAGAAGACAGAGUGAACAAAUUCUUCGUGAGAGAAGAAUUUCAGAGGAGCCACAAUUAUUAAUGGAAAAUUUUGGUAGGCGGAUGAGCGAAACUAAUAUUCAAGUGAGGAGAUCCUCUCAUGGAAGCACAGUUUCUCAGAUGUACAAUAGGCAGAGUGAAGAAGGUCAGGGUGUGCCAUCUCCUCCAGCAUCACCAAGCACAACAGAGUUGGAUAAACCACUACAUAAACCUAGAUCUUUCAGACACCGCCAUUACAGCAAAGUUCCACUUGCCAGUCAGGCUGCAUCCACUCCAUCAGCUUCUGCUGAGAGUUUGAGUUCCAACCAUCUGGAGAGAAAGUCAAGCACAGGUGAUGAUGAAGACACUGCCAAACAACAACACCUACAUCCACCACUUGCAGACUCUCAUAGCAUGCUCAAAUUAACAAGACAGUUUAAAAAGCCCUUCAAGAAAAUGAUAGGAAAACGAGAGGGCAGUUUAAGUGAGAGCGAGGAUGCUAUGUCAUACGAGUCACAACCUCAAACUCCCACAACUCCAGGAGAUUACCAUCCUAACUUCUCAUCAGAGUUAGUUCCUGAAAUAAAUCCUGUAGCAUUGACUGAACGGUAUGUGGGAAGUUGUAGUAGUCAAGAGGUAGCAUCAGCAUGGGAACUCAGUGGUACCGAUGGACCAUCAAGAGCCAAAGAACCUCUCAAGCCUUCAUCCAGUCUUCCUGAUGUUCAAGGAUAUACAAGCGUGGAGCCUUCGGGGGUGCCGGGUGCAGCCUCUACGUCACUUUCUGUCAUAGGCAGUGAAGCAGAAGCUUUGAAACACGUGCUUGCCUGCUCUCCUCAUCCUCUCAAGCAGUCCACACUACUGAAGAAAGAAGUUUGUUAUGCCUGUGAAAAACCUUUUACUGGCUUUUUCAUCAACUAUGGAUAUAAAUGUUUAAGCUGUAAGAAAAUAUUCCAUUCAAGAUGCAUAAAAGCUUCAAUCAGUGUAGUGUGCCAUGAUAAUUCAAACUUGGGUAAAGAAAACGCCAGUCCAUUGAACAAGAAGCCUCGACGGAUUGAUCAAGAAGACAACUGGAACCUCACCAGAACGUCAGAAUUCAUUGAUAAAUCUGAUGAAGUGAUUAAAGAUGCUUAUGAACUAAGACGGCUCGAGGAGUAUAUUAGACGCAAGUUGUAUGAUCUUGAGGAGAAAGAAAGUGAGAAGGCAGAUGUUCGCACCCAAAGUCUUGACCGCAGUUUUUCUCGAGAUUCAUCAAGCAGAGAAUUUGAAGCAAGUAUUCGUUUACGGGACCGAAAAGACUCACAAGUGGACCAGAUGUUCUGUCAGUCACUACGUGAAUUUAAAAACAAUUUAGUCUCUACGUAUUCUGUCGCAUUUCAGAGGGAAUCGGCAGACCUAACCCUCAAGUACAAGGAUCUCAUUAAAAAUUUUGAACAGGUGAUGAACACUGUAUGCAAGGAAAAAAUGGGCAACGAUACUUUCCCGGUGACGAUGGGUGUUAAUGCAUUUCGGGGUUUCCUUGAUGAAUUUAUACGAGAGAAAAAGAAACCAGUUGAAGACAAAUCUAGAAGAAAAAGACAUAGACGUAAAAAGAGAAAGGUUGAGGAAUUAGUAUAUGGGGGUCACAUCUUUUCCUCCAUCAUGGUGAACAUUCCUACCCAGUGUGAAGUGUGCAACUCUUUCCUCUGGCUUUCCAUGAAGGCCUACACCUGCCAAAGAUGUAAAGUUACAUGCCACCAGAAGUGUUACAAGAGAGCUGACUCAAAGUGUAGUCAUGAUGGUCCUAAGCCUAUUGUUGUUGAUACUGGAACACCUCCAAUUAGAAAUCGUGUUCUUGGUGUUCCAUUAGAAAAUUUAGUACGACCAGGUGAUAAAAUACCACCAGUGAUAGAUCGUCUCAUUACGUGCAUUGAAAUGUAUGGACUCUACACUGAAGGCCUUUAUCGCAAGUCUGGUGCACAGACCAAAGUACGAGCUGUGAAAGCUCACAUGGAGCGUGAUCCAGAUAACAUAGACUUUACUGACACACCAAUCCAUGUUCUGGCCACUAUACUCAAGUCUUUCUUCCGUGAAUUGCCAGAGCCUCUCCUCACCUUUGAAUGCUAUGAGCCACUCCUUCAUGCUACAGAACUUCAGCAUCCUGAAGAUCAGCUUCAGACUAUUUUUAAUAUCAUUAAGGGUAUACCUAAAUUGAAUUAUGACUUGCUAGAGAGAUUAAUCUUUCACAUGGUAAGAGUGGCUCACCACGAAGAACACAAUCGCAUGAGUGCAAAUGCCUUGGCCAUUGUGUUUGCGCCAUGUAUACUUCGCAGUCAAAGAUCACAAACAGUUCAGGAUUCUCUUAAUGAUAUUGCCAAACAAACAGCGGUUGUAGAGUCAAUAGUAACCAAACAAUUAAGACAAGUGAGAAUGACACUUCAUGAUAUAGACAGUGUUGACAGUGCUACAGCAUCAGCAGGAAUGCGUCUGGACUCACUACGUUCCUUAAAGCCUCAGAUUCAUCGUAGUGGAACUUCCCAAAAUGAAGGAACAGUUUCAACAUUACCACGAACCUCAACUUCUUCAGUGAGAUCUACUCUGUCUGAUCCUUGUGAGCACGAUCUAGAGGAAAAGUUGGAAAAUCUUCGUGAUACUCGCAUGCGAUUAGAGUUGCAGUUGCCAACUCUUGUAAGAGUGAGCUCAGAGGAAGACCUUCUCUCCACGGAUAUGUCUCGAGCUGGAUCUUUAGAGGACAUUCCUGGAACUCCAGCCACUCCUGCUGCAUCUUCCUCGUUUGUUGGGGGAUUCAGAGAAAGUGGCUGUGGCGAAGAAUCAGAUUCACUUUCUUUAUCAGGUGACAACACAAGCAAGCAAAAAAGAACACGGACGUGGAAACGUGAUAAAAGAGAUGAAGACGGAAGUGUAACUUCUAGAUUACACCAAGAUUAUAGUGAUGAUGCAGUGAUGGUAUAACUCAAGUGUCAUCUAUGUCCACACUAUGUAUUAUUGGAGUUGUGCUGAACAUUAACAUUUAUAAUUAAGCCAGAUUUAAUGUGAAGGCCUGAAAAGUUAAAGAUGAAAAAUCUACCAUACAUUUGUUUGCUUUUUUAUUUUAAAAAUUAUUCCUAAAAUUUGCUAUAGAAAGAAUACAUUCAGAGAAUAUUAAAUAUAUUUUUCUAGACAUGAGAAAGAGAAAUAUAUUAGUAUGGAUGAAACUCAUGUGCUCUGAACUCUUUUAUUUAGGAAGUAAAUUUGUUACAUUGAUCUUAGUUGUGUUUGUUACAUUUCUUUAAUUAAGGUGAACUAUUCUUGUCAAAGAGAUGUGGUUUUUAUCUUUGUAUAUUAAGCUGAAAUUGCAUGUGUAAAUUGUCUGUUUCAUUUUGUGAUCACCUGCUGACCAAGCAUUGUAAAUAUUCUAUUUUUAAGCUUUUGUUCUAGAUGCAUAUUUUGUUCUCUUGUUUACAAAUUAAGUCAUCACAAACAUAUUUCAGGGGACCAUAAUCAUUGUAUAAAAGUAUUUAAGAUUACUUCAUGAUACAUCCAGAUCACAACUAGGGUAAAAUUGCCUCACCGAAAAAAGUGAACUCGAAAUUGACAACAGCUGUAUCUGCGGAGGCUCGGACUGAUGGUCAAUUUCACAUUAACCAUGGUGGUUUUACUCAUGUUUAACUUAUUUUUACUAUGCUUUUAUGUCUCUUAUGACUUUAAAUGAUCUUCCAGGUCAUUAUGUUCUAAUGUUGUAUUUUCCUCCUUGUUUUUUAUGCCAUUUCUUGCCAAUACUUAACACUUUAGUUGUUGCUCUUAAUUUCAAUCUGGUAUCCUCAUUCAGUUAAAUGUUCUUAUAUCCUUGCACAAAAUUAUUAUUAUUAUUGGCAGGUAUUAAAUUUUUAGUUUUAUAAUAUUCAUUUCUAUCCAGAUUGGUACUUUCCUAAUUCAUGUAAAUUCUUGUGUAGAAUAAAUGCCAAAGGUUAGUGUGUGUGUGCAUCCCUUUGAUAAAUUCAUAUUGAUUUCCUGCAUGUGCAUUUCUCCCACUCAAUAUUUUGCUUUCUUAUUUGUAUAAUGUCAGAAUGCAAGCAUAAAUAUAUUUUUAAUUGUUCUUGUUAUAGAAUUAAAGUGCUACUGGGAUUUAAGCUAUCAGUGUGGCUGGUUGGGUUUAGGAUGCGUCCUGUCCGAGUCUCAUCAGUGUUUUAGGUAUCGUCUCCAGUCAUAAUGGUCACAACAAAGUACCAUAAUCUGUUAAAAGCUUAUUUUGAUAAAAACAUUAAAUUUGGUCUUUGUGCUCCAUGAUGUUUCCAAAUACAGUGCAUUGUCAGUACUGGAAUAUUAUUAUUGAUUUCUGUUACGAAACAGAAUGAGCUUAAGAAAAUACGAGAUAUUUUUGUGCUUGGGGUUCAUAUGAUGAAUUUGAUUUUAGUACGCAGUACUGCAUUUGCCUAGCUGAGUAUGUGGACAUGAAGCUAUAGCCCCUGGUUCUGCCUCUUAACUUUUGAUCAGUUGACAUGAUUUUAUCAUGUUUACUUUUGAAUUUGCUCAUGGAACAAGCCCUGUUUGUUUCAAGUCUUUAUUUUCCAUUUGAUGUAAAAAGUCUUUGUAAAGUCUGAGUGGCUUACUUAAGUGUAUACUUUCCGUCUGUCUUCCCUUUUUCCUAGCAGUUCCAUUUCAAAUAACCUAUCUUUGUCUAUGGUCUAAAGUAUUUCAUGUAAUGUAGUCAUGUCUCCUGUUCACCUGUCUUCCAGAGAUGUGAUGUUUUUGUAUAGGCUUUCCUUAUAGCUCUUGCUUCUCAGUUUCUCUGGAGUCUUUAAUUACUUGAGAUUGUGGGGGUUGAACUCCAGUUUUUGGACCUGCCACUUAACUUUUAGUGAGCUGGUUGGAUUUACCUUUUUCAUAUUUACUUUUGAAGCCAUUUUUUUGGAAUCAACUUUAUUACAUGAUGGUCAAGCUAGACAAGCCAGCAUACCAGAUUAGGGUCAUCUUUCACCUCACCAGGUGGCAAGCAUGAAAUUGUGUGCGAGACUAAUCUCAAUCUUGUUUAAGCCCAAGUACACUUGAAUCAGGCAGAAAACUUCCUAGUGCCCUAAGAAAAUAUUUAUGCAUUUGUUUAUGAUUAGAUAGUUCAUCAAUAUAAAAACCUACUUGAUGUCAUGUCUAAUCCGAUGCUACUUCUAGGUGGCAGAUUCUUCAGUAAGCUUUCUCAUAAUUGGAGUCAGGUAUUUGAAUAUGCACAUGUCAGUACUGAGAUUUCCAUCAGGUAGUCUGCUAUGCUUCUUGAAUUUGGUGUUUCAUAUAGGAGGUAAUUUUUUUUUACCUGUUUAUGUUGACCCAGAGAUUAACAAUAAUGUCAGAAUGUGGUUUUGAAGAACUGGUCCAGGGAUAUUCAACUAAAAUUUAAUAUACCUUCCUUCUUUGACUACAUAAUUUUGUGUUUAUUCAAGGCAUGUACUCAAAUUGAUUCUCAUGAUUUUUCUUAUCGCAUUUAGGCCUUUGAAAUACUAUGCCAGAUUUGGUCACAGCAAAAUCAAAUGGAUUUUUUUCAAACUGGCCAUCUCCUAGCAAGGUAGGGGUAAAUGGAACAGCUUCAGGUCACUUAGAGAAGAAAAUCAUCCUCAAAAUACUUUACCAUAUUCUUAAUUUCCUUAUAAAUGCUUAAGAAAAUAUCUUGUAAGGUGCCAGGAGGGAAGCUAUAAAUUGCCCAGAAAUAUCUUCUUAAAUCAGAAUAAAGUUAAAAAAAAUAGAAAAAACACUUAAGGUACUAUUGAUGUACAGUAAAGUAUUUAACAGGUAGUUAUAUUGCAAUGAAUAUUGAAAAUAGAGGAGUUAACAGAACAAUUUACUCAGUAGAUUUUGUUCAUUAUUUUAAAAGUCAUUUAUAUCAAUGAAUUACAGUGGACCCCCGGUAUUUGAUAUUAAUCCAUUCCUGAGAGCUCAUCGAACACCGAAAAUAUCGAAAAGCAAAUCAAUUUUCCCCAUGAGAAAUAAUGGAAAUCAAAUUAAUCCGUGCAAGACACCCAAAAGUAUGGAAAAAAAAAUUUUACCACAUGAAAUAUUAAGUUUAAUGCAAUAGAAUAAUUACAAUAACAACAAUAACAAUAGAAUAAUAAUAGAAUAAUUGACACUUACCUUUAAUGAAGAUCUGGUGAUGAUUGAUGGGAUGGGAGGAGGGGAGAGUGUCGAAGUUGUUACUGUUUAGAAGGGGAAUCCCCUUCCAUUAGGACUUGAGGUAGCAAGUCCUUUUCCGGGGUUACUUCCCCUCUUCUUUUAAUGCCACUAGGACCAGCUUGAGAGUCACUGGACCUCUGUCGCACAACAAAUCUGUCCAUAGAGCUCUGUACCUCUCAUUCCUUUAAGAUUUGUCUAAAAUGGGCCAUAACAUUGUCAUUGUAAUAGUCACCAGCACGGCUUGCAAUAGCUGUGUUAGGGUGAUUUUCAUCCAUAAAGGUUUGCAGUUCAACCCACUUUGCACACAUUUCCUUAAUUUUUGAAGUAGGCACAAAGGAUUCCACAACUGGCAUAGGCUUCUCAGGGUUAGCUCCAAACCCUUCAAAAUCUUUCUUAAUUUCCAUACUAAUUCUCACCCUUUUUACCACAGGGUUGGCACUAGAAGCUUUCUUGGGGCCCAUGGUGACUUACUUUGCAGAAACAAGCACCAAAAACAGUGAUAAUAUGGAAUGUACCGUAUGUAUCCUUAGAUGUGCGAACACUGCCUGGCUUGUAAACACUGGCACACAAGGGGUAGUUCAGGCCACAUGUGGGCACGUCUCGUACGAAUCGCAUCGAAUACCGGAUUUUCGAUCGGAUAUCGAGGCGAAAUUUUUGCGUUAAAAUGCAUCAAAUACCAGAUUUAUCGGAUACCAAUGCCAUCGAAUACCGGGGAUCCACUGUACUGUACUCUGCUACACCUCUAAGUUUUAUGUCUCUUGAAUGCUUGUGUGUAUAGCUUUCAUCUGUAACUAUACAGGCAGUGCUUUAUGACCCUUGUGGGUUUAGUGCUUGGUUUUGAUUGUAAUAACCAAACAGUAUAUUUUUUUUUAUAACUUGAGGGGUUUACAUCAUACCUCUUGGUAAUUAAUCAUCUGUAAUUAAAGGAGCUGAGCCAUGGUUGUAGUGAUCACCUUCAUCAAUUUUUUUUAUUACAUUCAUGGAAGAGUGCUAAACCUGUAGGGAUCAUAUAAAACCAGAGAAAUGGAAGGCAACUAUAUUCAAUCCAAGGAAAAGUAAAGUAGUUCUAUUUUUUGGGGGCAGCACUAAAUGACCCUUUUGGGUUUAGUGCUUAAUUUGAUUAUAUUAUUAUCCAUGUCUUUCAUUAAGACCCCUGAGUUUGUGGAGGUUAAGCUACUGCUCCUGGUUAUGCCUCUUUGAUCAGUUAACAUGUUUACUUUUGUUUGUAUACUACAUUUAUGUAGUCUUCUGGUCUGCUCUAUGAUUUUUAGCUCUCUCUGAUACUUCUAUGAUUUUAUUACAGUUCUACCUCUGGUCUAUUUCCACUUAUACUCCCUUAUUUCCAUUACAUGAACACUUAUCAGCAUAACAUUCCAUCAGCCAUUUAUUGCUACUUGUUUGAUGUAGUCAAAUAUUCCAGCAGGGAUUCUAGGUCAUGUAUAUUUUUUUACUUUACAAAAUGUUUGUCUUCAUCUGAAAGCAUAUUAAUGCAGAUAUCCCUUCUAGUAAAUAGUAAUGUAAAUGAAAAGCAAUACUGAGAUCACUUUUGGAACUGCACCGUGAAUAUACCGUUCCUCUUAUCACUAGAGUCAAUUACCUUAUCUAUCCAUUGUAAUAAUUUAACUGUUUUACAGUUAUCAAAUAUGUCUAUUGUUGGGAAUAUUCUCAGAAGGGUUAUUUUGAAAUCCAAAUAAAUGUGGUCACCAUAGACAUCUUACAUAAUGUCCAACACUGUUAUAUAAUGUAACAAGUUGGUACAAGAUAUUUUUACUGUCCAUAUUAUUUUUUCAAAUUUUCACUAAUAACUCUUUUAUGUUUGUGUGUUUACUAGAGCACAGAUCACUGAGAGGUGUGUGUGAUAUAUGAAGACUCCCAUCAACCCUCUUUUUCUGUACAGUAGUGCAAUAUUAGCCACUUCCAUAUAUCUGCUAAUUUACCAUAUUAAAGAGAAACCCUAAAUAUAGGAGACUUUUGAAUUUGAGGCUUGAGCAUCCAUAGGUUUGUGUGUGUUAGGAGUGAAUGGAGACAAGUGGUUUUAAUGGACAUGCUCUUGGAGUGUGAGCAAGCCAACUCUGAUUGAAUGAUGGUAAAUGUGCUUUCUUCUCUGGGUCAUUCUGCUUUGGAGGGAGAUGGCCAUUGAGGUGAGUGAAUGGAGACAAGUGGUUUUAAUGGACAUGCUCUUGGAUUAUUAUAAUCAAGGGGGAAGCGCUAAACCUGGAGGAUUAUACAGCGCCUGGGGGGGGAUGUGGAAGGCAUUCAGGCUUAAUUUGGGGAACUGGAGCACAGAUCCAAUUCCCUAAAUCAAGAGCCCCUCACCAACAUCAAGGAACCUUCCUUGAGGGGCAUGCUCUUGGAGUAUGAGCAAGCCAACUCUGAUUGAAUGAUGGUAAAUGUGCUUUCUUCUCUGGGUCAUCCUGCUUUGGAGGGAGAUGGCCAUUGAGGUAAGAAAAAAAAUAAUGUUUGUGGCCUUUUUAAAGCUUGGAAAGAUUUUCUGGUUGUUAUGUUUUAUACUAGUUCCAUGCUUGAUUUUUUUGUGUUGUACUUGUAUAUAGUAUAGCUAUAAUUGGCAGAGCCUCAAACUUUUAAAAAAAAAGUGCCAAAAAUUUGAUGAUGGCAGGGAGUGAAAUUCUAGUAGGUAAAAGCAGAUUUGACUAUUUUGUGUUAAAAAAUAGUGUGAAAAUUUUUAUAAUUGUUAAACCACAUUCAAUAAUAAUCAGUUUAUUCUUCUGAACAGUACCUGGUUCAUUUGAUUUCUUACUGCUUUAUUUCUCUGUAUCUUAUUUGUUUUUGCCUUUGUCAUCCAAAUCGUAACUUACUGCUACAUCAUUUCUAAUAAUACAUGAUCACUCAUUUUCAAAUAGAGCCAGAUAGUUUAUACUGAAGUCUCCUUGCUCAUCCCAUCCCUCCCCUUCCCUCCCUCCCUCUCUCUACCACCUCCUCCUCCUCUUCUUCUUCUUCUUCUUCUUCUUCUUCUUCUUUUCUUCUUCUUC